AUCAGUUGGACCUGCUCCUCGGACCCGGCAAGACAUCUCCUCUCACACCUACUCACUCACCCGGACCCGUCACCUGGGCCACGCUCACACCUGGGCUGCGCUUACCCGGGCAUCACUCGCCUGCAACCCGCUUACCCGGGCAUCACUCGCCUGCAACCCGCUUACCCGGGCAUCACUCGCCUGUGACUCGCUUACCCGGGCAUCACUCGUCUGUGACUCGCUUACCCGGGCAUCACUCGCCUGUGACUCGCUUACCCGGGCAUCACUCGCCUGCAACCCGCUUACCCGGGCAUCACUCGCCUGUGACUCGCUUACCCGGGCAUCACUCGCCUGCAACCCGCUUACCCGGGCAUCACUCGCCUGCAACCCGCUUACCCGGGCAUCACUCGCCUGUGACUCGCUUACCCGGGCAUCACUCGCCUGCAACCCGCUUACCCGGGCAUCACUUGCCUGCGACUCGCUUACCCGGGCAUCACUCGCCUGCAACCCGCUUACCCGGGCAUCACUCGCCUGUGACUCGCUUACCCGGGCAUCACUCGCCUGCGACUCGCUUACCCAAGGCAGCCCUCACCUGCGACUCACUUACCCGGGCAUCACUCGCCUGCGACCCGCUUACCCAGAUAUCGCUCGCCUGUGACUCGCUUACCCGGGCAUCACUCGCCUGCGACCCGCUUACCCAGGUAUCGCUCGCCUGCGACUCGCUUACCUGGGCAUCACUCGCCUGCGACCCGCUUACCCGGGUAUCGCUCGCCUGCGACUCGCUUACCUGGGCAUCACUCACCUGCGACCCACUUACCCGGGCAUCACUCGCCUGCAACCCACUCACCCAGGCAGCACUCGCCUGUGACUCGCUUACCUGGGCAUCACUCGCCUGCGACUCGCUUACCCAAGGCAGCCCUCACCUGCGACUCACUUACCCGGGCAUCACUCGCCUGCGACCCGCUUACCCAGGUAUCGCUCGCCUGCAACUCGCUUACCCGGGCAUCACUCGCCUGCGACCCGCUUACCCAGGUAUCGCUCGCCUGCGACUCGCUUACCUGGGCAUCACUCGCCUGCGACCCGCUUACCCGGGUAUCGCUCGCCUGCGACUCGCUUACCUGGGCAUCACUCACCUGCGACCCGCUUACCCGGGCAUCACUCGCCUGAGACCAGCUCACACAGGCCGCGCUCACCUGUGCCAAGGUCACCCAGCCUCCUCUGAGUCAGCUAACCAUACAUCAGUUGAUACUCCAUCCACACACCUGGUCUCUAAGACCAACCGUCCCCAGGUGCACCUCACAACUUCUACCUUACACACACACACACUCCAACCCCCCCCCUACAAACACACACCAGCCACCCCUCACCCAGACAAUCCAUCUACCCUAGCCCACAUACCAGCCACUCUCACCUACAUACACCAGCUCCGUCCCCUGAAAUCUCCCACCCUACUCUCCUCUACCGCCACCUGGGCGACGCUGCUACUCUUCACCUUAUCCCCCCUCCCCCCUUGGCCUGCACCUAGUUGCCGCUGAACGCUGGUCACCCCUGAGGUCACCUGGGAGUUGGUCACCUCUGUCCUUCACGUCAGUCACUUCCAGAGAAAAUGGGUGAUGCCAACAGCCUGAACUACUCGGACCUGACUGAGAAGGACGUGGACGAAGUGGUGGCUUUUAUGGCUAAGCACUUUUAUCCAAGAGAACCCAUAAGUACAGGACUGCACAUGACAUAUGAAGACAACAAAGAGUGGAUCCACGGCUCCGUGCGAGACUGGGUGAAGAAUGGAGUGUCAGUUGUGGCACGAGAACCGGAUACUAAAGCAGUUGCUGGAACCAUCAUUGCCACAAUACUCACCAGGGAUCAAUCCAACACUUAUGAGCAGGCUCUCACGAGUCCAAAGACCAAGGUGAAAACACUACACAAAGUGCUGUCAAUCUUGGAAACAGCUGUGGACUUUUUUUCUCGCUAUGAGAAAGUUGAUCGUAUACUAGAGUUAGCCAUGAUAACUGUAUCGGAGAAAUACAGUGGUCGUGGAGUGGGCCGGAGGCUUGUGCAGGAGAGCGAGCGCCGAGGCAGACUCUUCGGAUGCACACUAGCCACCGCACAGGCCACAGCGGUGCCUUCACAGCGACUCCUGUAUCGUCUGGGUUACGAAUCGCUCUAUACACUGGACUACGCCACAUUUGAGAUUGCUGGUGAUCGUGUGUUUGACAUGGACAAGAUGUUGGGAACGCCUUCUGCUAAAGUUAUGGCUCGGCUCAUAGAUGAGAGCGUUGACAAAUAAUGACUUUGCCAGACUACUAAUUGACAGUACUGUAAUCAAUAUACAUAAUGCAUGUUACUGAAGAAACUUCACAUAGCAACUCUUGCUAAUAUAAUAUGCCUUAUAAUUUAAAAAAAACUAUCCUAGGCAGCAUAUAGACGAGUGUCCAUAAGCAUACAAUAUAUUUUACAUAAAAUUCAAUGUGUCAAUGAAAGAAUUUUUGUUUUUCCCCAAGAAUUCCAAUAUAGUACUGGGCCAUCACAUGGAAUAUUCAAAACAAAGUUCAAUAUUGGCAGUGGCCAAUGUGCAAAAAGAAAUAUCUUGCUCCUUCUGAAAUUAAAACGGCAAGUUUUUAAAACUGAUUUUCCAAAAUUAAUAAAUUUCUAACACUGAAAACCUGAUUACAUCAGGACACUAACUCACAUUUCAUACACAGUACUGUAAUGGAAAUCUCAUUCAAAGGUUUUAAAAAAAUUCUUCACUAAUCAAUAUUUUUUUGUAAAUUUCCUUUCUUGAUGAUAGUAUUAACUGCUCUCUUUCCCUCUAAAGAUGGUUGUCAUCACUCUAAUGCUCCAUCUCAUCUAUCCCACACUUACUAUUUAAUAUUAAUAACCUUACAUAUUGUCUCUAAUCUUGCAGAGAUAAUUCAAACCUGGCCUAACUAACUUUCAACUUGCAACAGCAUAAACAUUUUCAGUCUCGACAGUACCUUACUUCACCUCAAAACUUUAAAAAACAGCUACUAGAUUUCCUUUUUUUCUCAUUAUUCUACAAAACCUUAAAACUGAAGUGAGAUUCAACAGUUCAUUUCAGUACAUUAUUUUUCCCAAUGUUCCUUCAACUUAAGCAGUCAUACUCUACUAUUGAAUGGUUAAAAAAAAAAAAAAGCCUUCAGUGUGUAUAAUUUCUGGUACAUAUACUAUAAAAUGGACGACAUAAAAACUGUUGGGCUUCCAAGUGUAUGCAGUUGAUACCGACAGUCUCGAGAGACUGCAACUCACCAUAUAGCAAGCAUGCAGUCUGCAUUUACAUAUAUAAGCUCAGCAUUAUCAUGUUAAAAUACAUAACAUUGCAUGAAUUUUUUGCAAAUAUUCUUCUGUUAUUUGUAAUACUUAUAUACAAGUUAUUUUUAUGUACUGUACUUUUAGUGUAAUAUAAUAUUAACCGUGUAUAUUACCAACCAAUUUCUUCAUCAAAUACUGUAUAAAACUGUUAUGGCUAUGUACAAAUCUUUAUUUUUUAACUUUAUGUUAUUAAAGUCACACAAUUUAAAUUCACAAAUACAGCUGUCUCUGUAUUUGACCAGGUCUUAAUUUGUGACUAAUAUUUUUGUGACAUAAUACUGUACUGUAUUUGCAUACAUCUUGAAUGAUGCUCUUCUUAUUAAGCUAAUGCUUCUGAUGCCAUCAUAAUAUAUUUCUCAAUAUCUUUGAAAUACAGUACACGGUUGUGUAAUGCAUGUCAUCCUUGGCCUUGUUCACCUUAAGCAAGUCUGAUACUGUAUAUGACUUCCGUAACCAGCACUCAAGUGCUGUAUAUUGAUCAUAAAGACUGCUAUAUGAUCACUCACAACUCUAAUAAUUUCAAAUUAAAGAAAAUCCUUCAAACUGUGGAGAUUAAGGGAAUAUGCACAAGUAUCAAAUGAAUAUAGUACAAUAAUGCCAAGGUACAACAAAUUCUGCAGUUCCUAGUAUUCAAUGGCACUUGUCAUAGCAAUAAGUCAAACUUCUUAAAAUAUUUCUACACAUUAAUUACUACAAUAGCCAAAUUUUUUUAAUACUGUAGUUAUUAAAACAGGUAUAGUACUGUACAUCUUUUGCUACCUAUGUAUUCCCUUAUUUUAGCACAAUGUUCAAGUUAAAAACCAGGCUUCUAGUACUGUCUAUGUAAUAGCACAUUUCCAAGCAGUACAUUUGUUCUCAGAGGCGAGGUCCUACUGACCCUUCAUUAGGACCCGACACAGUCACUGUACGUUGACAUUCUAUACAGAUUCGGGAGAACUUUUCAAACUGUCCCCCCACCAAGUUAUUUGGUGCUAGGGAAACACAGGAGAAUAUUCACGCCCAUUUUAAAUGUAGAUAAAUACCAUUUACAUAAUUCUAAUGUCUUUCCAUAUAGUGUCCUAGCUUACUGUUGAAUGACUCACUAGGUCACUAACACACAACAAUGAUAAAACAAUAAAGCUCCCAAACCCAAACUUUCUGCAUUCUACCAGAACCACAGGUUAGGAAACUAUCCACACCAAUCACGGGAGACACAGGAAAAUGACGGGUGGGAACAGGAGCAACUGAGCAUACUGCUUAGAAAAAUUAUUUUCAUUGUUCUGUAGCAGAAAGCAAUCCCCAGAAUCUGUAACCCCAUAUAAAGGUCAAAUUUUGUGAACAAAUCAGGUCUACAAAUCUGAAUCAGCUCUGGACUUGUGAAAGUAAGUGCUGAAAAAGUCAAAUUGACUCAAUAAAGUAAUUUCUAAUUGAUUAUAAUUUGUCACUAUAUUUUUACUAUUCUUGUAUUUUUAGUGGUACAGUACAGCACUGUAAAAAUUAUUUUAUUUCUUGUUAGAGUUAAUAUACUGUGCUUUAACUGUGGUAUAAAUUGUACAAAACAGUUUGUAUGAGUGGCUAAAUUGUAAUGGUUGGCCCAAUACUGCCGAUGGCGAACACGUUCAGACCUGUUAUCACCAUGAGAUUACAGCACUUGCUCUCUGCUGACACUAUAUUCUUUCUUCUUAAUCAGGGGAUUUUCAUGCAUUUUUUUUAAUACAGUAUUUAAUUAUUUGAAUAGAAAUGAUGACUGCUGACAAGAAUAAGCAUGACAGAUUGUUUAUGAGGAACAAGAGGUGACAUUCAUUCAUUCAAUAAACAUUCCAGGGUAAUAGAAUGUUUAUUUCUAUGGAAGUGUGGAUGGCAAUUUAUACUAAAGGAUGCUAUUAAUUUAUGAUCAUAUUACUUUUUGAAUAUAUGUAUAAGGCUAGGGAAAAUUAUAAAAAUAUACACAAUGGUGUGUGUUGAAUGUUGUGCUCAUCACUGGGUCUGGCCAGUGACUGGAUGGGUGGUUAUGCACAUGGCCUCUCCAUUGGUUAAAGGGGAUCUCUCACUAAGCCCGUCCCUGGCCUCAACUUACCAUAUAUAUACAGUAGUAUGGUACAGUAUAUCAUACCAUAUAUAGUAUUUUUAUGUUGAAUGUAAUACAUUAUGUUAAAUAAUGUAUUAAAGAUGUAGUUAAAUAUAUACUGCCUGACAUGUCA